UGAGUCAUUGCGAGCUGCUAAUUUUUUUCACAGUCAGUCAGACGUUGGUUUCUCGACUGACCUCGGUAUCACAAAUUAUUAUCUUUCAAUUGCAUCUUCUAAUUAUCUUCACAUAUAGCCUAAAGUUGAUUGUUGCUGUGUGCAGUUAGCCAAUUGGGUUGCUUCAAAACCGUGAUUAAACAGUUAUCUUAAAGAAGUCAGUUUGUCUUGUGAGACUGAUUCAAAUCCUUUCUUGUGUUUGUAUGUAUUAGUGUCCUGCUAUUUAUAAUAUAAGUUUACUUUAAGUUCUUUGUUCUAGUGAUUAAAUUUGGUAAAUCGUUUUAUUACAAGAUGACCAAGAAAAAGCGAGGAAAUUCUGGCAAGAAAGGCCGCAAACCUAAAGAAGUUGAAGAAUAUAUUGUUGAAGAAAUCGUUGACCGGCGACUUAAUGAAGAAGGAGUUGUUGAAUAUAAAGUCAGGUGGAAAGGUUACUCUUCAGAGGACGAUACUUGGGAACCUGCUGAAAAUUGUCAGUGCCAUGAAUUGAUUGAAGAGUUUGAGAAGAAUCGUUCUCGUAUUGAUGAGGAUGAUGGCCAGGAAACUACUGAUGUAGAUGAUGAGAAUGAAAAUGACAACAGAAAACGUAGUCGUUUGGCACCAGAUGAAGAUAAAACUACCAAAUCUACUUCACGUAGAAAUGGACGUUCUACUGCGGCCCGUAACUACAAAGAUGAUACUUCUGAGGAUGAGGAAAAGGAUGUUGCCAAGGAUUCUUCAAUGGAAUUGGAUAGAUCUAUAGCUAACAAAGAUAUUACAGUUGACGAUUCAGAUGAUAGUCUGGAUUUUUCAAGUAAAUAUUUUAAUAAGGAAAAUGAUGCCUCCAAAAUUCAACCCGAGUUCGAGAUAGAAGAAGAUGAUGAAGAUGAUAGGAAGCUCAAGAAAAAAGAUUCUCCCAGUGAUAUGUUUGACGAAAUAAUGCGCAAAACUAAUUCUUCAAAUUCAACAUCUAAUAAAAACGAGUUGAUCGCUGAAAAAAUACUAUCAGCCGGUAUCCUGAAAGAUGGCGCAAUUCAUUUCAUUGUCAAGUUGGAAGGUGUAACUGAACCGCAAAAAUAUGUUGCUGAAGAUGCUUACAGACUUUUCCCUCAGCAAGUUAUUUCUUACUAUCAGAGUAGAGUUCGAUGGAGGUAAAUAAAUACUUGACCCAGGUACAAUGAUCUUUUCAAAUUUUCACUUUAUUUUCAGUUUUCCAAUUGCAACUGUCACUUGUUUGCAAAAUUUAUAGUUUUAAUCAUUCUUUUAAGCAAAUGCUUACUUCAACAUAUUUUCUUCUGACUUUGCUAACUCACAGCAUUUUCACAACAAUUUUCAGUAUUUGUACCGCUAAAUAAAGAGUUAUCUUCAAGAAUUCGUUAA